AUGGUUCUUUCCAUGUUGGGACAAAGCAGGACUGGAAUAGGCGUAGUCUACUCUGCCGAAGCAGUGAUCUGCUCCUGGAACCUGGAAGCCACCGCAGAUUCACAAGUUGAUUCGAGAAGUUUGCACUGGUUCACUUUCAGGCAGCACCCAUGGAGUGCCAUUGUACAACCACGCGAUUUGCCAGAUGUCAAUCUGACUUCCCAUUUGCCUACAAUACAGCUGAAAAGGUCGCACGAGGAGCAAAGCGGUUUCCAGAGGCUGCGCUCCAGCUUCCGAAAAAUUCAAGGCGCGGCCGAUCCACAAGUCAUGCCAUAUACCGCCGGACUGGACCUCCCUCAAGAACCCAAAACGCUAGCUGUGUCCUCCUCCUUCCCUAGCAAUCCCAGAUUUCGGAUCUGCUCUGCCUUUGAUACUGGUGUUGACAAACGUCACGCUUGCUUUCUGAUAUCGAGAGAUGGGUAUGCGCGCAUCACCGGGAAACAAGGACGUACCUCCUUGGUUGCGCUUGACGUUCCGCCGGGAAAGGCAUCGGGCGGGUCCAUGCUCGAUUGGUUGCGUUGGUUCCCGUACGGGGAAACCAGCCACUCCAAGCAGCGACGAGCGCAAGUCUCCUUUCUUCCAUGCGAGGAACGCGCCAUGGCAGAUCUCUCGCAUUUGUCAGAUGCUCAUGCGAUUCUCCUUGCUGCUGAGCUCUGUUCUGCCGGCAAUGUUGCCCCCUUGCCACGGCUGCAGCGGCAGUUUCCCACGUCGCUCACUCCAGAGCGGCUCUUCCGCAUCAUCUUGACCUUUCUCCCAGAGAGCACGCCGCCCCAGCGCUAUACUCCAGUGUUGCACAGUCUCAUCGAUGGAUCCCUAUCCGACUCCGAACCGCAGGAGAUUGAUCUAUCUUCUGUCAAAGAUCUCCAAGAGGCUGUCGCACGAAAGCGCCUGCGAAGACUCCGCUUGCUCCCUCUCCGAUACCCGCACGCCGCAGAACCGACAGAUUCCGCAGAUCUGUUGACACAGUUCCUUAUCCAUCGCGCAUAUAGGAUAGAUGCGGAAACGGGCUUGCAGACCUUGAUCCUUGACCUCCUGCUGCCGUUUUACGAGCGCUCCGAAACCCUUCGAACAUGGCUGAUCUCAAGGCUACUGCCGCUCUUGCGGCUAAACUACGAGUAUUAUCCCGGCAGAGAAGAGCUUUUGUCCUUGGAUGCACUGGACUCUAUGGAUAAAGCAACAGCUAUUAACAUUUUGCUUUCGAUGGCAAGCUCUAACGACACGAACACCGACCUGGCGAGGAAUCUGAGGGGACUUGUCGGCCCUUGGAUGUAUGGGGAGGCCCGUUUCAAGAGACGGAAGCUUAGCCACGCAGGCGGACGAAGUUCGGUGGUACAAGAUGGCUUGAUGCCGAAUGAAACUGAACAGUCUGGUUGGCAAGAGGUCAACGAAUGGCUCCUAUCGCAAAGUCUGGCGGAUUUCGAUCGAGUUGUAGGGGCGUUUGUGUCGUGGCGAGGGCCGGAAGAUGUCGAUCUUGGUGGCUACAACAACGAAGAGGAAUCCAGUGACGAGGAGAAGCUGCGUCUGAGGGAACUUUACGGGCAAACAGGUCUUGCCGUUGUUUACGCCAAUGCAGACCCUGGCAGGCGUUCUCUGGAAGGCUCGUUUCGGAUCACUUCCAGCGUUGCGGAGCUGCUCCAACUGGAGAACGACGUCCCUCUUUCUAUCGAUGACCCAUCCCUUCCCUCCUUACAUCUGGAUCUGGGGGCAAUUUCAUCAGCAUCAAAAGCCUCACUACUACAAAAUGCCCUGCUGACGCGUUCUAACCCCUUAACGUCACCUACAACGCAGUCGGUUGCAUUUCUCGACGCCUUGCUACUUUCUCUACGCACCUUGGGUGAACUGGGAUAUCCGACUUCCUGCAGAACGGUGGCAACUAUAUGCCUUCAGAGUAGUGACGAGGCACAACUGCUGGAGCUUCGGAGCCUAGUGGAGACCAUUGUAAAGCAGGCGAAGCCUGGACGAGACUGGGGAAGAAUACGUGCGCAGAUACUUUGGCUUCGAGAUUGGCAGGGAUCGUCUGAAGGAAAGGAGGGUGACUCAAGGCGAGAGUACCAUGGUCUUUUCUGGAGGGUAGCGCGGGACGUGGUCGAGACGGAAAUACUGAAGGCGAUGUUGACUGUUGGAGAAUAUCAGUCGGCCGCAAAAAUCUACACAUCGCCCGACUCUCCGUUGAGCCCUGAGCAGGUGGAAGCCGCUGCCAGAGAGACGAUUAUCACAUUCUACGACAACGCAAGCAACGGCAACAAGACUCGAGGGAAGAUGAAAAAGGCUCUGGAUAUCCUCCGAGCUUUUCAGCCGCAUUUUCCCAACUCAAAGUCACUUAAGGAAAUUGAGGCGCUCAUCGCGGCGACUCAUGCGCUGUCAUUCUACUCGCUGACGCUGCAGCAUGGGGUUCCGUUCCAGCCCGUUAGCAUCCGCGUCCACCCUGACCCUCUGUCCUUGAUAGAAAAAGUGCUGGAGCAGAAUCCCAAGAGCUACACGAAGUUGGAUGAUCUGCUGUCAAUCGGGCGGAAUCUCGUUGCGGCUGGUCUUCCAACAUCUCCAAAAGAAGAUAGCCACUUAGAUGGGAUUACUCCACCUCCUUCCCCAGAAGCGGCGUCCGCCACAGCUGAGCGGCGAGUCAUCUCCAUGGCCGUCUCGUCAGCCCUGUCGUCGAAUGACUUUGGGACCGCAUACUCGUACAUAUUUACACGCCUGACACCUCCGUCUCUCCUCCCAAGCUCGAAGUCUCCGAAGCCGCCCAUCGAGGACGAUAUUUCCUGGCGUGCCGCCUAUAAUGCAGGUCGCUAUCGUCCCGCUGAAACAGCCAGUCCAAAUCUCCAGUCUCAGAUCACGAAUCUCUCUCAGCGGAUGGAGCUCCUGUCCCUUGCCUUGAUCCUUGCUCCUUCGCCGGAACCACUUCCGGAGAUACUCGGUGCGUGGCGCCGUUGCGACGAGGAAAUGACGGUGCUCCGGAACCGCGAGACGCAGGAAGCGGAGGAAUGGGAUCGGAGAGGCGACAAACUGGCAUCCAUGCCCACCGUGCCCGGGGGCUUUGGCCCGACGGACAAGGAGCUGGACGCGUUCGAAAACGAGCAGCAACGGGCCCGACGCGCGCGCGCGCGCAGUCAACACGCGGCGUCAGGCUACGAGGAAGCGCCGAUGGGGCUGUUCGACGUCGCUCGAGGGGCGGCACGAGCCUUCAGCAAGAGCGCUUUUCCACUGCACGCCAGCAGGCUGUCGCUUGGGGGAUCUUCAUCGCAAGAGGGCGGCAGCACUCGAACCAGCGAAGAAGGCAGCAGGCCGGACGUGUCGGAGCACGGCGAAGCGUCUACAACGCCGGGCCGGGUGCGCAAGCGGGACAUGGUCAGCAACAUGGUGACGGGCGGGCUAGCCAGUGGAAUCGGCUGGGUUUUGGGUGCUCAGCCAGUGAAUAUGAAUAACCGGUAG